GCCAGCAACGCGGCGGCGGCGGCGGCGGCCGCGGCUCUGCUCGUCCGUCCCGAGCGCGAGACGUAAUCGGCUAACCAGCGACCGGGACCGAAAGCAUGAGCACCGACGUCUGCAUUUAUAAGAAGAUGACGGUCGACGGCUAGCAGAACGGCCGCGCCGCCGGUGCCGCUCGUCCACCUGGCGAGCGACUGGCGAACCAUGCAGGAGCCGCUGGCCAACCACGGCGGCGGGGGCCCGGGCGGGCCGGACGCCGGUCACGCGGAGACGGUGGAGACCAAGGACGCGCUGCUGCACGCCAUCAACGAGGAGUAUGUGGAGGCGGUGGAGGUGCUGCUGGAGCACGAGGAGAUGAUCCACCGGCCGGGCGAGCUGCACAGCUGGGAGGCGCUGCCGGCCGACACGGCCACCUUCACGCCAGACAUCACGCCGCUCAUCCUGGCCGCCCACCGCGACAAUUACGAGAUCAUCAAGAUCCUGAUGGACCGCGGCGCCAGCCUGCCCACCCCGCACAGCUGCAGGUGCGGCUGCGAGGAAUGUAUGACGUCACACGGGGAGGACUCGCUGCGUCACAGCCGCUCGCGCAUCAACUCGUAUCGGGCACUGGCCAGUCCGUCGCUGAUUGCGCUCAGCAGCAAGGACCCGAUCCUGCAGGCGUUCGAGCUGAGCUGGGAACUGCGGCGGCUGAGCGUGCUGGAGCACGAGUUCAAGACCGACUACCAGGAGCUGCGGAAACGCUGUCAGGACUUCGCCACGGCGCUGCUGGACCACACGCGCAGCUCGUACGAGCUGGAGGUGCUGCUCAACCACGACCCCAGCGGGCCGGCCUUCGAGCACGGCGAGCGCAUGCACCUCAGCCGGCUCAAGUUGGCCAUCAAGUAUAAACAGAAGAAGUUCGUAGCCCACCCGAACGUGCAGCAGCUGCUGGCCUCCAUCUGGUACGAGGGUCUGCCCGGCUUCCGUCGGAAAAAUAUGUUCCUGCAGAUGAUCGAGGUGAUUCGAAUCGGGAUCCUGUUUCCGCUCUUCUCCUUCUGCUACAUCACGGCCCCGCACAGUCGGGUGGGCCAGACAAUGCGCAAGCCGUUCAUCAAGUUCAUCUGCCACUCCGCCUCCUACCUGACAUUCCUGGUAUUGCUCAUUCUGGCGUCGCAGCGUAUUGAAACAGUGGUGCUGGAUUGGUUCGGCAUGGCGCACGUGGCACGCGGCUGGAUCGCCACGGACGUCACCACCAAACGCGGCGCGCCACCCAGCCUGGUGGAGUGGCUCAUCCUGGCCUGGGUUGCAGGCCUGAUAUGGAGCGAGAUCAAGCAGUUGUGGGACAUAGGCCUUCAGGAAUACGCCAGCGACCUCUGGAAUGUGAUCGAUUUUGUCACCAACGCGCUGUACGUGGCCACCAUCGCCCUGCGCGUAGUCGCCUUCCGACAGGUCCAGAAGGAGCUGGCGGAGAACACGGGCACAGCCAAUCUGCCGCGCGAGUGCUGGGACGCCUGGGACCCGAUGCUGAUUGCCGAAGGCCUGUUCGGCGCGGCCAACAUAUUUAGUUCUUUGAAGCUCGUGUACAUUUUCUCGAUAAACCCUCAUCUGGGGCCGCUGCAGGUGACCCUCUCCAGAAUGGUGCUCGACAUCAUGAAGUUCGUCUGUCUCUUCGUACUGACUUUGUUUGCGUUCUCCUGCGGCCUGAACCAGCUGCUGUGGUACUACGCGGACCUAGAGAAACAAAAGUGUUACGUGCUGCGCUGCCAUGGCCCCCAAUGCGUGGAUCGGGAGAAGGAUCCAGACGCCUGUUUUGUGUGGCGAAGGUUUUCCAAUCUGUUUGAGACAAUGCAGACGCUCUUCUGGGCCGUGUUCGGCCUCAUCGACCUGGACAACUUCGAGCUGGCCGGCCUGAAGACGUUCACCCGGUUCUGGGGCAUGCUCAUGUUCGGCUGCUACUCCGUCAUCAACAUCACUAUCCUGCUCAACCUGUUCAUCGCCAUGAUGAAUCAUUCCUAUCAACUCAUCUCGGAACGUGCCGACACCGAGUGGAAGUUUGCCCGUAGCAAGCUCUGGAUGAGCUACUUUGAAGAGGGCGGGACAGUGCCGCCACCCUUCAACGUCAUCAUCACGCCCAAGUCUAUCUACUACAUGUUCCGCUGGCUGAUCCGCAAGCUCUGCGGCCACUCACAUGCCGCGCGCAAGGAACAUAUGCGGACCGUCAGGCGCAAGGUGCGACAGGCGAGCGAGAGAAACCACCGGUAUCAGACCAUCAUGCGGAACCUGGUGCGGCGUUACGUGACGCGUGAGCAGCGCAAGGCGGACAACCAGGGCGUGACAGAGGACGACGUGAACGAGAUCAAACAGGACAUCUCGGCCUUCCGCUGCGAGCUGGUCGAGAUCCUGCGCAACUCGGGCAUGAACACAUCCUCUGCCAACCCCGGCACUGGGUCGGGUGGCAAAAAGAACCGUUUGAAGGAACGGCGUCUGAUGAAGGGAUUCAACCUGGGCUCCAUGCACCCGCCAUCGGCGGCGACGGCUGCCGCCGCCAGCCGGCGCGAGUCCACGCUCUCGGCGACCUUGACCGCGGCGCUGGCCCCCUCGUCGCUGACCUCGGCCUCGGCCCUGGAGGCAGCGCAGGAGGCCGGCGCCAAGUCCCCCACCUUCCGGCUCUCCAGGUUUGCCCGAGUCGCCGAGCAGCGAUUGGCCAAGCGUGAGAUGAGCAAGAAGCGCUGGGGGACUCUGGUCGAGGCCGCCAAGAACGCGCGCGUCGCUAAGCUGCUGUCGCGCAGCCGGAGCGAGGACUCGAGCUGCAGCUCGGGCGCGCCCUCUUCGUCGCGCGAGCCGCUGAUGCUGCCGCCUGGCGGCCGCUUCCCGAACGUGCCCGGCAUCCAGCCGAUCACUCGGCAGAUGUCCCAGGGGUGGCUCUGA